UCAGAGUUGCUACGCGAAGAAACACGGUAACUGGGCUACAUCCGAAAUCGAGGGGAACAUAACGGUUCAUUAAACAAACGCCUAAGGCUCUGUACAAACACACAUUUCAACUUACACGGCAUCGAGAAGUACACGUACAUAAAAAAAAUGUUAUUCAGAAUAAUUUUCUUGAAUAUUCUCGCAACGAUUGCCGCUCAUAGACAGAGGAGGUAUCUAGUGUACCCAGACGGUGGGCCUGCCCGAACCCAGUUCAUUAUUGGUCUCGGUGUUCCUGUGGAUUUGAAAGAAGCUUCUGUUACCGUCGGCACCGUAAUCAAAUUUCAAUACGACUUGCCUACAAACAGUUCAGAAUACACAAGCCGAAUUUAUGGAUUUGCCAACACCGUUUCAAGAGAUAUGAAUGGAAAUGAAGAUACAGAUGAUGAAAAAAAUAAUGAAACUAAUGAAUCUAAAAUAAUUGAUACGAAUAAUAUUUUAGAAGAUGAUUUAGAUGAUGAAAAUAAUACACUGGUAGAUAUAACAUUUAGUGAUAGAAGAAAAAGGUCUCUGUUAUAUACUGAAGGUGGUGCGGUGUACGAUAAUGGGAUAGAAGGCAAAGAAUUAAGUCUAGAAGAAGCUAUAAAGCGCCAAGAAACUAUUGAUCAAAAUAAUUUGGUAGAAGAAGAACCUCAAAGAAUGAAUAGAUGGGACUUUUAUAAAAUCCUUGAACAUAUGGCGGAGAGAUACGGUUAUACAGGGCGGCCAUGCCUGCUGCGAACAAUUUGUGAGGCAGCUGAGGUGCCUUUCACCCACGAAAAUGGCUUGCUCGCCGAAAUUGGACAUAUAUUAUUCACCCCCUCGACGACUAAGGAUACGCUCUCCCACCACACGGACAACGAGUACCAUGCAGCAGAGAGAUUAGGCAGAGAGGCCGGGGGGAGCUGCGAGUCUCUGUUCCCGGAGUGCGAGGGGUCCAUACUGGAGACUUUCACGGGAAUUGGGGUGGACACGCUGCACAAAUUCGGACUUUUUGAUUAAAUCCUCGCUUAUUAUUAACUAACAUUCAU